UUUAUCGCUGUUCAAGGCGUUCGUUUAAUUCGAAUAUUUCGAAUAAUUCGUAUUGUGGCGUUCGGCGGUCAGCGUACUUACAGCGCCCCGCGUGGCAGACAUUCGAAACUCGGAAACCGGUUGAUCAGCAACUCGCUCUAUGGGUGUGGAGAAGAACCGAAACUGUUCUCGUCGAGAGAUCGGUCCGUUCGGGGGACCGACGACCCGCACUGAUUAUUGUCGUGAUUUGAAUAUCACGUGAUGUCACAUUAAUUUACGAGAUUAAUUACGUCGGAAUGUCAUUAUGUCAACGGGUUCGACCGUGCGUGACCCGACGUGAACACUGUGCGUGAACCGACGUCGCGGAAACCGCGUCGAGUGUACCAGGGGCCCAGGACCAUCGAACCUUUGAUGAGCUCGUUGCCGACGGACCGACGGGCGCCCGCUCGCGGUCUUCGGCGGCAACGCCGUAGCUGUUCGUCGCAUGCACUCCUGAUAGUUGUCACAAAGAACGCAGACUUCUACACUCAUGAUUAUGAACUAAAAUAUCAUGUGCUUUUCGUGUUCAGUUACCAACCCCCGUUCAGUGGAUGGUCGCGUUUUGAAUUAUCUAAAUGCUAACAUUUGCCUAGUUAAUAUAAUUACUAAUUAGCACCUUAUGCAGUUCCUGUUAGUUGAAUAAUUUAAUUAUUAACGGUUGUCCUGUGCUGCUUAGUUCCAUAUCCUUUCAGCUCUGAAACAUAGAAAUAAUUGGGAUUCUGAAAAGCCAUACAGUACACCGUUUGCAAUAGUAAACUAACAGAUAUUUGAUUUGAGAGAUUGUUCACAGAUAUACAAUUGGAUCUGAUUUUCAUCAUGUGCAAGUUUUGUGUGAUUUGUGGUCGAGUGGAUCAUAAUUGUAGAAUCAUCAUUCACAGAUUUCCUACAGAUCUUAAACGUAAGCAAUUAUGGAUUGAAUAUGUUAAGAAAUUUGGAGUAAAUCCAAAAUCUCUGAGUCUCACUGCAAGGCUGUGUAUGAGGCAUUUUAAUGCUGACACCGACUACACAACUAAUUUCAAUAAUAAGCGUUUGAAAAUCAAUGCUGUGCCAUCUAUGAAUUUAACAAAAGUUAAUGAAGAUAUUUUGAAAAUAAAAAAAGUUAAUUUAAUAAUAUUGUCAAAUAUUAAACCUAUAGAAAGUAUAAGUAAAGACAACUUAGCGAACCUUGGACAAGAAUUUAUUGAGAAAAACAAUUUUGAAGAUGACAUUCAAUUUAUGUACUCUGACUCAGAAUGAAAUGAAAAAAAAAGAAAAACUUACACACAUCUUUAAAGAAGAUAUUGUCAUUGAUCAUGGCAUAUGCCGGAGCCAUAUGCUAAAAAAAAAUAAAAACAUGGAAUAUGAUUGAGGAUUGUGAAUUUGCAAUGCAUUUCAAAGUAUG